CCGCGCUUCCGGAAGGCGGCGCUGGGGCCCGGAGGAGUCCAUCCCUGUCGCCCCUCGUGCGCCCUGCUACGCUCCGGCCCGAACCCGCACCCGGAUCCAGGAAGCACCUGGCGGCGGGCGCGGGAUGGCGGGGCCCGGCUGGGGUCCUCCGCGGCUGGACGGUUUCAUCCUCACCGAGCGCCUAGGCAGUGGCACGUACGCCACGGUGUACAAGGCCUACGCCAAGGGGAUUGAACACCUGCUUGGUUCAAUCUUGGGAAGCCAAGGUUCCAGAAUCCAGAAGGACACUCGGGAGGUGGUAGCCAUAAAGUGCGUUGUCAAGAAAAGUCUGAACAAGGCAUCGGUGGAAAACCUCCUGACUGAGAUUGAGAUCCUCAAGGGUAUACGGCACCCCCACAUUGUGCAGCUGAAAGACUUCCAGUGGGACGGUGAGAAUAUCUACCUCAUCAUGGAGUUCUGUGCAGGGGGUGACCUGUCUCGCUUCAUCCAUACCCGCAGGAUUCUGCCUGAGAAGGUGACUCGUGUCUUCAUGCAGCAGCUGGCUAGUGCCCUGCAGUUCCUUCAUGAACGGAACAUCUCUCACCUGGAUCUGAAGCCACAGAACAUUUUGCUGAGCUCUUUGGAGAAGCCCCACUUGAAAUUAGCAGACUUUGGCUUUGCACAGCAUAUGUCCCCAUGGGAUGAGAAACACGUGCUUCGUGGCUCCCCACUCUACAUGGCCCCUGAGAUGGUGUGUCGGCGACAGUACGAUGCCCGAGUAGACCUCUGGUCUGUGGGGGUCAUCCUGUAUGAAGCCCUCUUCGGGCAGCCCCCCUUUGCCUCCAGAUCAUUCUCGGAACUAGAAGAGAAGAUCCGCAGCAAUCGGGUUAUCGAGCUUCCCCUUCGGCCCCCUCUCUCCCGAGACUGCCGUGACCUGCUGCAGCGGCUCCUGGAGAGGGACCCCAGCCAGCGAAUCUCCUUCCAGGACUUCUUUGCCCACCCUUGGGUGGACCUGGAGCACAUGCCAAAUGGGGAGAGCCUGGCAAGAGCAACGGCCCUGGUGGUACAGGCUGUGAAAAAGGACCAGGAAGGGGAUGCAGCUGCAGCUCUAUCACUCUACUGCAAGGCUCUGGACUUCUUUGUGCCUGCCCUGCACUAUGAAGUGGAUGCCCAGCGGAAGGAGGUGAUUAAAGGAAAGGUGGGGCAGUACGUGUCCCGGGCUGAGGAACUUAAAGCCAUCGUCUCCUCCUCCAGUCAGACCCUGCUGAGGCAGGGGACCUCUACUCGAGACCUGCUGAGAGAGAUGGCCCGAGACAAGCCACGUCUCCUAGCUGCCCUGGAAGUGGCCUCAGCUGCCAUGGCCAAGGAGGAGGAAGGUGGCAAGGAGCAGGAGGCCCUGGACCUUUACCAGCACAGCCUAGGGGAGCUGCUAUUGUUGCUGGCAGCAGAGGCCCCAGGCCGGAGGCGGGAGCUGCUUCACACUGAGGUUCAGAAUUUCAUGGCUCGAGCCGAAUACCUGAAGGAACAGGUCAAGAUGAGGGAAUCUCGCUGGGAAGCAGAGACUCUGGACAAAGAAGGGCUGUCGGAGUCUGUUCGUAGCUCUUGCACACUACAGUGAGCCCAGCAGGAUGAGUGGAUGGAGCAAGAGCUUCCUGGAGGGAAGCUGUGUUCUAGCCCAGGCUAACACCUGUACACUCCUGGGGACCUUCCUGGAUGAAUGCCUCCAAGAUGCCCACAUCCUAGUCCCUAGUGCUGGUGGCCUGUGCUGAGAGCACUGAACUCUGAGAGUGUCUUUAAGAAGACUGUUACUGGGUAACUGCUGGGCUAAGCCUGUUGACUUCAGAACAUGGAGCUGCUGGUUUGCGAAGAGGACAGCAGGCCUCUCCUGGGUCCACCCUUCCUGGGAGCCUUUAUUCCAUCUCGCCUCCCUUCUUGCACUAGAGUGAGGUACUCCAAGACCCCUCAGGGACCACCACUCUACAGUAUGCACUCAGCCCCAAAGAACUUUCCAGGCUUCUUGGGAGCUCACACUGGCACCCUUUUCAGUACUCUAAGACAAUCCUUCAAGCAUGAAAUUCAUGUCCUUUGCUGGGGUGGAACCACUGUGAGAAUUCAAGACUUGGUCCUGCCUUGGCAUGGCGGAAUCCUCAUCCCUCCUACUUCCAGUUCUCUUUGGGGAACAUGCCACACUAGCCACAGAGCAGGCCCUGUACUAGAAUUGGGGCUUGGCUGGGCCUGGGGCUCUCCUUCUCCCAUGGAGUCACUGAUACCUCCACAGCUCACAGGUCUUCGGAGAGCAGAGUUUGAGCUGAGAAGGCUGUACGCUUGAAGUUAUUUGAGAAUUUCUUUUUUUACUUUUCUUUUUUCCUAUCGGUAUCUUGUUUCAAACUCUUGUUUCAUGGGCUGAUUUUCAAUAGAUAACAGCAAGGGGGCUGCUUUGCCACACACAAACCCAACCUGAAGCCCCGAAGCCCGAAGCAGUGAGGCUGGCUUUCUCUCUCUCUCUCUCUCUCUCUCUCAGGCUGGCUCUCUCUCUCUCUCUCUCUCUCUCUC